CAGAUCUUAUGAAUUAAUUCCAUUUCACCAUGAAAAAAAAAUGACCUGUAAUUCAAUUGGUCCUGAACUAAUAAACAUUCAUUUAGCAUUGACUGAAGGAUGCUAAAGACCAGAUAAAGAGUGUAUCAUUUUGAGAUAAAGAGAUGCCAUUGAAAAGUUAUUUCAAUAUUUUUUUCACUUAUUUUCUUAUAAAAUGGCUAAUAUGGAAAGAUAUUUUUGCAUGAUUUCACAUGUAUAAUUGAUAUCACAUUUUUUGUCUUAUCAAUAAAUGAGAAAGAGAUAGGAGGAGGGAAAGAAUCAGGAACUCAAAAACGUUAAUGAAUAUUAAAGAUAAAUAAUAAGUUUGAAAUAAAAAAGAAAAUGUAAAUUGUGCCAUAUAACUGUCACCAUGAAGAGAACUUGAGCAAUAUUUUAGAAACUGAUUGAGCACAUGAGAAAUAUUCUGGUCUAAGUUGUGAUUGUACUGAAUUUCAAUCCUGGCCUUGUUACUUAUCAAUGGUGAGAUAUUGGAUUAGUCACUUAAGUGCUCUGUUCCUUAGUUCACAGGGUUGUGGGAUCAUAGAUUUGGAACCAGAAAGAAGCCUAGUGGACAUCUAGUGUGAUCUUCUCAAUGGCGCAAAGUCACAAAGAUCUCAAAGCAGGACUACAUAGGUUAUCGCUUAGAGACAAGAUUCAUGCAAAUGGAAUGAAAGACUGAUUGAGGACCUUUAUAGGAAGUGAAGACCUGAAUGAGAAGCCAUUAGUGCGAAUGGCAUUAAUAAAGUGUUCUUUCAGAUGGCUUAAACAAUUUGUAAUGGGUCCUUGGUCGCUUGUAAUUAUUCUUUUUUCUAUACAACAAGUUUACGGGGGUGGAAAAAAGUACUAUGGUCCUUGUGGAGGACGAGAUUGUUCAAUCUGUCAGUGUUUUCCUGAAAAAGGAUCUCGGGGCCAACCUGGACAUUUAGGGCCCCAAGGCCCCAUUGGAGAUUUAGGACCUCCUGGGCCCAUUGGGUUACCAGGAGAGAAAGGAAUGAAAGGAGACAGUGGAUUUCCUGGACCAGUGGGAAAUCAAGGAGAUAAGGGCCCAACAGGAGUACCUGGUUUCCCAGGUUUGGAUGGCAUCCCUGGGUAUCCAGGACCUCCAGGAUCAAGAGGCAAACCUGGCAUUGAUGGCCGCAAUGGUUCAAGAGGAGAUCCAGGGUUUCCAGGAGAGAGAGGAGCACCAGGACCAGAAGGUCCAGCUGGUCUGCAGGGGCCAGCAGGAGAAAAAGGGAAUUCAAUAUAUAUUUCAGGUGCUAUUAAAGGCCUCCCGGGAGAUCGAGGUGAUCCAGGACCUCCAGGUUUGCCUGGACCUCGAGGGGCGAAUGGAUCAAUGGGUGAAAUAGGAUUUCCAGGGAUACCAGGUUCUAGAGGACCUCCAGGCUACCCUGGGAGGCCAGGUGAUCAGGGUAAUCCAGGUGUUGGAGUAAAAGGCCAAAUUGGAGAUCCGGGUGAAGUUGGUCUUCAAGGUUUUCCAGGACCAACCUUACUGAUUGAACCUCCUGGUUCAUGUCUCAUUAAAGGAGAAAAGGGCAUGAAAGGAAUGCCUGGAGUCAUUGGUCCCUCUGGACCAUAUGGAGUCAAGGGUGAACCUGGUAUUGGAGUGAAGGGUGAAAAGGGUACUUCUGGAUUCCCAGGACCUCAGGGUGGCCCUGGUUCCCAUGGACUUCCAGGUUUUCCAGGAGUAAAGGGAGAACUUGGAGCAAGUGGUGUCCGUGGGCAGCUUGGAGUUUUUGGCAUUAAGGGAGAUCCUGGAGAGCGUGGAAAGCCAGGACCACCAGGUGUUUUGACAACUCCACCUGUUCCUUGCAAAGGACCUCCAGGGGACCCAGGAUUCCCAGGACACUAUGGAGAAAAAGGGUCAGUGGGGUUGCCUGGUCCAGCAGGACCCCCUGGCAGACCAGGGGAAGUCAGAAUAGGAAUGACAGGACCCCCUGGGCCUCCAGGGUUGCCAGGUGUGCAAGGUCUUCAAGGUGAAGCUGGAAAUCCUGGAAGAGGUGAUUCUCCUGCAGGAAGACCAGGGAUUCCAGGACACCCAGGCAUACCAGGAGUCCCAGGGCAACAGGGUCAACCUGGAUCAGAUGUCAUACAUUGUAGUACUGGCCCUCCUGGACCACAAGGAGUGAAAGGUCAAUCAGGACCCCCAGGAAGAAGAGGCACAAAAGGAGAAAAAGGAAAUGAAGGGCUGUGUUCAUGUUGUCCAGGUCCCCUGGGCGUUCCUGGUAUUCCAGGGCCACAUGGUCUUCAGGGUAGGAAAGGAGAAGUGGGUCUACCUGGGAGAGUGGGAGAAAAAGGUGACCCAGGCUCUCCUGGUGCUCAAGGAUCCCCAGGACCUCCAGGAAUACCUGGUACCUCGGGGCUAACUGGUCCUAAAGGAGAAAAGGGUGAUAUGGUUAUAGCAAGAAUUAAAGGAAGAAAAGGAGAAAAGGGUCAUGAUGGGCCUCCUGGAUAUCCAGGGCAGGAAGGCGUUCCUGGUCAGAAUGGACUGUAUGGAAAAAGAGGCGAGCCAGGUCUCCCAGGCAGUCGUGGCGGAGCAAUUCCAGGUGCAGAAGGAUCUCCUGGAGCGCCUGGAUCUCCUGGGAGAAUGGGACCAAUGGGGCCUCCAGGACUGGGAUUUCCUGGCCCAGAAGGGGUGAGAGGUGGACCAGGGAAUCCUGGUCACCCUGGUGUGAAGGGAGCAGCAGGUUCCAAGGGUCAGAAAGGUGACACCUAUCCUUGUCCUUCCCCCUAUCCAGGGAGCCCUGGAGCUCCAGGGAUUCCAGGUGCUCCAGGUCCGAAGGGAUUUCCAGGGCCCCCAGGUGAAGCUGGGCAACCUGGAUUUGAUGGACAGAAAGGCCAACAAGGCAAAUCAGGAAUAUCAGGAAUACCGGGACCACCUGGUCUUCGAGGUGACCCUGGAGAAUCAGGUCCUGAAGGUAUAAAGGGGUCGACCCCUGUUGGUCCUCCAGGCCCUCCAGGGUUACCAGGAAUCAAUGGCCAAAAAGGAAUGCCAGGUGAUUCUGUUUAUGGACCACCGGGGCUUCCAGGAAAGAUGGGCCCUCCAGGAUUGCCUGGGCUUAAAGGGCUCAGAGGGGAUCCAGGAUUUCCUGGAGCUACAGGGGCAACUGGUGUUCCAGGAUUCCCAGGCAUUAAAGGAAUUCAAGGCAGAAAAGGGAAUGCUGGACCUCCUGGUAACCCAGGUUUGCCAGGCCAUGGAUGCCGAGGUGUUCCAGGGUUGCCAGGGCAACCUGGACUCCCUGGAUCACCAGGCAUUCCAGGGUUUGAUGGCUUGAAAGGUCAUCAAGGAGACAGAGGUCCUCCUGGGCCAGCUGGAAUGAAAGGCCUUCCAGGAACCCCAGGACUUCCAGGCUCACCUGGACCCCCAGGACCACAAGGGGAUCCCGGUCACUAUGGAGAUAAUGGCUCACCAGGUGCUCCAGGCCUAAAAGGGGCCCAAGGCCUGCCAGGUAUCCCAGGUUUUCCAGGAGAGCGAGGAAGGAAAGGACAAAUCGGACUUCCAGGUAGAAAGGGUGACCCGGGAGAAGAGGGUCUUUCUGGCUUUCCAGGAGAACCAGGAGAGCCGGGCUCUAAAGGAGAAAAAGGCUAUCCAGGAGAUCAAGGGGAUAUUUCCAUAGUUUCAAGAAAGGGAGAAAAAGGUGAUCUUGGACCACCUGGUAGAUAUGGAUUCCCAGGAGAAAAAGGAGAUAAAGGGAGUCUUGGAAUCCCAGGAACAAAAGGAUUUCCAGGAAGAGAUGGGCUACCUGGAUUACAAAGAGGAGAACCUGGCAAGAGUGGACCUCCAGGGCUUCCAGGCCCCCCGGGCCUCCCAGGGCCUCCAGGGCUCAGAGGAAUAAUUGGUUUCCCAGGUAUUCCAGGGGACAAGGGUGAGCUGGGCUUACCAGGCUUGCCUGGACUCCCAGGACCUCAUGGGACAAGAGGACCUAAAGGAAAUCAAGGUGAUGCAGCAAGUCUGUUUGGGCCACCUGGACCAAAGGGAGAUCCAGGUAUCCCUGGAUGUCCAGGAUAUUUUGGAGAACAAGGAGAUCCAGGUUUUCCAGGCCCUCCAGGAUCUAGUGGACCGCCAGGAAGGGAAGGAUCUGCUGGAUACCCAGGACCUCCAGGAUUUCCAGGUGCUCCAGGGAUUCCCGGGGUGAAAGGGUAUCCUGGGGAAGCAGGUGACCCAGGGCCUCCAGGGGUCAGAGGCGAUCCAGGACCACCAGGGCCCAAAGGAAUAAAAGGUUCCUCUGGAUCACCAGGAUUGGAUGGCUUGCCUGGACUCAAGGGUCAGAAAGGAUUAAAGGGUAGUUCAGGCUUAAAUGAAGUUGGUCCACCAGGCCAAAUGGGACUGCCUGGACUUAAAGGGAAGAAAGGGGAGCCUGGAAGACCUGGAGCUUCUUGUCCAGGUCUUCCUGGAGACAGAGGUCCUCUAGGUCCUCCAGGCAGACCAGGAUUGCCUGGACUUCCUGGUCCUGUGGGAAAAACUCCUGAAGAUAAAAUUCUUCCCCCUGGUCCUCAGGGAGAUCAAGGUCCCCCUGGCCCCGAUGGACCAAAAGGUCCCCCUGGACCACCAGGUUUUCCAUGCACUUUUGAUAUCCUGAAAGGAGAUCCAGGUGAUGAUGGUCAACCAGGUUUACCUGGACCACAAGGUCCACGCGGACCUCCAGGAGCCAAAGGCUUUCCAGGAUGUGAAGGAAAAGUUGGCCAGAAAGGGCCGAUGGGAUACCCUGGGCCUCCAGGCCCACCUGGAUUUCCUGGCCCACCUGGAGAUAAAGGUUUGCAAGGAUCCCCUGGGAGGCCUGGCCCCCCUGGUCCUCCAGGUUGUCAAGGUGAACCUGGCCCACCUGCAGAUACCUCUUCAUGCCCCAAAAUCCCAGGACUUCCGGGAGUUCCAGGCCCAAGAGGACCAGAAGGGAAGAUGGGGUACCCAGGGCAACGAGGUCCUCCAGGCUCACCAGGACACAAAGGCGAGCGUGGUGUGGAUGGCCAAAGGGGUUUGGACGGUGGUCCUGGUCCUCCAGGACCACCUGGAAAUAAAGGAGACCCAGGAGAAGAAGGCUGUGGAGGGGCACCAGGUCCCCCUGGCCCAACUGGGGAUCCAGGACCCAAAGGUUCUGGAACUAGAUACCUUAAUGGAUUCCUACUGGUUCUCCACAGUCAGACAGACAAAGAACCCUCUUGUCCUGAGGGAAUGCCCAAGCUGUGGACUGGAUAUAGCCUGUUGUAUCUGGAAGGCCAGGAGAAAGCACAUAACCAAGACCUAGGUCUGGCUGGAUCCUGCCUUCCCAUGUUCAGCACCAUGCCAUUUGCCUAUUGCAACAUCAACCAAGUCUGCCAUUACGCCAGAAGAAAUGACAAAUCCUAUUGGCUGUCGAGUGCUGCUCCUCUACCCAUGAUGCCCCUCUCUGAAGACGAAAUACAAGCUUACAUCAGCCGGUGUGCGGUGUGUGAGGCUCCAGCUCAGGCUAUGGCUGUGCACAGCCAGGAUCAGGCAAUCCCUCCAUGCCCACCCACCUGGAGAAGCCUUUGGAUAGGGUAUUCAUUCCUAAUGCACACAGGGGCUGGCGAUCAAGGCGGGGGCCAGUCCCUCACCUCACCUGGAAGCUGCCUGGAAGACUUCAGAGCCGCGCCAUUCAUCGAGUGCCAAGGACGGCAGGGGACUUGUCACUUUUUCGCUAAUGAAUACAGCUUCUGGCUGACCACGGUGCCACCAGACUCGCCGCUCUCCUCGGCUCCCGUGCCAGACACCUUAAAACAGGGGCGGGCUCAGCGCCAGAAGAUCAGCAGAUGCCAAGUCUGCAUGAAGUACAGCUAAGGAGCCCCCGCCAGCCUGCUCUGACUCACAGAGACUUCUGGGGGGGAGAAGGAGUUGGGCUAAAAGAUUCUAAUGGUGCUUUAUUACAGGGAUUCAAUUUUUCAAAUGAUCCUUGAUUUAAACUUGGUUAUCCGACAGUACUGUAAUCCCCUUCUCAGUUCAGUAAAGAUCUGGCCUGACCGCUCCAUUUAGGUCAAGUCCAAAUAUUGUCCAUCAUCUUGCGGAGGAUGGACGAUCUGGCUUUACUGACCAGGAAUGCCCAUUUAUCGACCACGAAUGCACAAUCACCAAUGGCCUGAUUGUGGAUUCUUUUAAGCAGAAGCUUCUUUUGUGGCUUCAUAAAACCCCAGCGAUUGAAGCUAGAUGUCCUCAUAAUGCAAAAGGCCGAUGGGUGACUUUUAUAGGAAAAAAAUAGCCCUACAGAGCCAGAAAAUGAAAGUUUUUCAAAAAUAAUUGUACCAGAUUUUCUUCAAAUCAUCAUAGAAUUCUUCAAGCACUUUAAAAAGGUCGUGAAACCAUGAUCCAAAGAAACACAAAAAAUCAGACCACCAGUGUUAACAGUUCACUUCCAAGGUGAAACAAUCAUUAGGCUAGGAAGGCUCCUAGUCACUAUAUCCCAGAAACACAUCACAUUUGCAUAAAAACAUCAGAGAAACAUAAGCCAUUACCUUCUCGUUUGCAUUUCUCCCUGAAAAUAGAAAUGCCAUCUCUGACAGCCCUCUUGAAAAGUAGCAAUUAUGGGGGAAAAAAAGGAUAUUCAAUAAGGGAUUAAACCCCUAAAAGCUGUUAAUGAAUACAAAGACAGGGAUUCACGAAAAUGUACCCCCUAAUCCACCAAACUUCCAGAUAAGUGAUUUUCCUGGAAGCAAAGGGCAAGGUCUGUCCUGAAGUAUGGACGUGCCAAUGAGGAUGUCCCACACAGAGGAUGGGAUGGGAGGAUAGAAAACAAGGGCAUUGUCUACAAGGCUUUUCCUCCCCCUUCCCGGGAAAGACUGUUCAGUUCCUUUACAUCUUAUAAUCAGUACUUUUCUCUCCAAGUGCAUUAAGGGUAUCUUAUGCAGAUAAGUGACAGAGCCAUCAUUAUGGAGAGAAAAUUAAGAGUUGGUUUAAUUAAUCUUAAGUAAAUAUAUUCACUUAGGCCAAGGUCAUACCACUGAAAAGACACAGAAAUAUUAAUAAAUGAAAGACAGCCACAUUCUGCUAUCCACUGUAGAUGUUUAUAUAUGUAUGUUAUUUUCCUUUUCCAAAAUUUCUCAUUUUCAAAUGUCGUAUUUGUAUAGUAAGGCAAAGCAGCACUUUGACAUUGGACAGAUUGAUAUUUUCAUUAAAAAUUCAGAACACAUCUAUGUCUUAAUUUUUAAAUGUAGCCAUCUGUAUACCAAAGGAUCCAUUCUUACAUUUCUCUGAGAAUCCAGCAUCCCGAUACUAAAAUCUCAAAAUAGUAAUGAAUUUCCAUUUCUAAAAAAAGGUCUGCCACAACAACAAAGUGUAGUCUCGAGGCUUUUGAAGAACCUAAAAGAAAGCUCAGUCUGAGAUCUAGAGAAAAACAACUACUGACUCAUGAGACAAUGAUAUUCCACAAGACUGGAGUUUCAAUUAUUCCAAAGAAAAAGUACCCACAGGGGCAGCUAAGUGGUGCAGUGGAUAGAGCCUCAGUCCUGAAGUCAGGAGGACCUGAGUUCAAAUUUGACCUCAGACACUUAACACUUCUUGGCUGAAGUACAUUAGGCAAGCCCUUAACCCCAAUUGCUUCAGUCAAAAAAAAAAAUACUACAAAAGAAAGUAGAGAAGUCCACCUUAAAAAAACUGAAGAAAACAUUGUAUAUGAUGAACUGUAUGAGAGAGAGGAAGAUGUCUACAUUUAGAUUAGAGAUGGAUGGACUUUAAUAAUAAUCACCAUCAAAAAUGGAUGCAUGGAAUAUGGCAUCCUUGCUUUGAGGUCUUUUUCUGGUUUACAAGAAAAAAAAACUUAUAAAAUAAAAUGUUGCGGAAUUAUAUUUACCUGUGUUUUUUAAAAAAACAAUGAACAGUUAAAAAAAAUUAUAUGUUUUAAUGACAGCAUGUUUGCCAUGGCUGGUCAACUAGACACACAUUUAAAGUACCCAAAAUCCAUUGUCAAUUAAAAGAUUUGUAAUUAACCUUAUGCCCUUACCCUGACAUAUUUCUCUGUUAAGGAAAAUCAUCCAGAUGUGUAUAUAGAAUUUAAUUUCAUAAAUGAUUUGCCCGUUGCCAGGUGACAUGCCUUCUGAAAGAAUUUCAGGGUGCUUAUAUAUGGAUUUUUAUAAGCCUUUUUUUUCUUUUUUUUGCUGAGGCAAUUGGGGUUAAGUGACUAGCUCAGGAUCACCCAGUUAGGAAGUGUCUGGGAUCAUAUUUGAACUCAGGCCCUCCUGACUUCAGGGCUGGUACUCUAUCCACUGCGCCACCAAGCUGCCCCUAUGAGCCCAUUUUUGAUAGAAUGUGGGAUUAACAGAAAUAUUGGCAGAUCAUGUGUGAAGUCAAACGUCUUCCCAUUGGCUUUACAACAUUCUAUUUAUUCCUAGCUUAAAUACAUAAAAAUCAAGUCCUAAAUGAGUGGACAAUUUGCUCCAUAGUAUGUCUGGAACAGUGUCACAGGAAUCAUUUAAAAUACCUGUUAUUUCAAGGUUUUUACCUUAUUCUUCAAAAUCAGCUUCAACAUCUUUAAACAAACAUUUGUGAUUUUCAACCAGCUUGAAAUUAUUUCCCCAGAGAGAGGUCAUUAUGUCUCAUUGGAGUUCCUUUUGUUAAUUCCCUAGAUUCUUGACUGAUAUUUUUUUCCUUUGUGUUUUAACUUUUCCAUUUCUUUUCAAAAUAAGUUUUAUUGAUAUCUUUUUUUAAAUUUCGCCUUCCUUCCCUCACCCUCCCCCCCCUCCCUGAAUCUUUCCUUGUAAAAAGCUUUUUAGCAUUCCAUUAUAUUGGAUUUCAAUUCUCCAAGUCACUCUACUGGAAAGAUGGUGGCAAUUCCCCGCGGUGAGAGUGUCAGAAGGUUCUGCAGAGAACUGAACAAAAUCUGAAUUGAAAUUUGUAUUUUGCAACCGUUGCUGCUGUUCAAGUCUCAGCACUCUGCAUAAUGCAUUGAAAAACACCAAGGCUGACUGGUGCACACACUUGAAAUGCUUGAAUUUUUAUAGUGCUUAAAUAUUUAAUGAUUCAUGAGGAAGAAUGCAAAAUAUGUGCAAUAAAUUGUAUCACUUUCUCUAA